GGUGUAACUAGUAUUAUGGGCUGUAGCUCAGUAACAGGUGUAACUGGUGUUUUGAUCUGUGCAGCUCUGCUGGAUGACCUGGACAAGGAGCUCAACAACUACAUCAUGCGCUGUAGGGAGUGGUACGGCUGGCACUUCCCUGAGGUGGGGAAGAUCAUCACUGACAACCUGGCCUACUGCAAGAGUGUUCGGAAGAUAGGCGCUCGUACCAACGUGGCAACCACCGACCUGUCUGAGCAUCUCCCCGAGGAGGUGGAGGCAGAGGUCAAACUGGCUGCAGAGAUCUCCAUGGGAACGGAGGUGUCAGAGGAGGACAUCGGCAACAUCAUGCACCUGUGUGACCAGGUGAUAGAGAUUACAGAGUACCGCACCCAACUGUACGACUAUCUGAAGAACAGGAUGAUGGCUAUCGCUCCCAACCUGACUGUCAUGGUGGGGGAACUGGUAGGGGCACGGCUCAUCUCACACGCUGGGUCCCUGUUGAACCUGGCCAAGCACCCGGCCUCCACAGUCCAGAUCCUGGGAGCAGAGAAGGCCCUGUUCAGAGCCCUGAAGACGCGCAGAGACACGCCCAAAUAUGGUCUCAUCUACCACGCCUCUCUGGUGGGACAGACCUCGGCCAAGAACAAGGGCAAGAUCUCCAGGAUGCUGGCAGCCAAAGCAUCUCUGGCGAUCCGCUACGAUGCCCUGGGAGAGGACACAAACGCUGAGAUGGGAGUUGAGAACCGUGCCAAGCUGGAGGCCAGACUACGCCACCUAGAGGAGAAGGGAAUCAGAAGAAUCAGUGGAACAGGCAAAGCCAUGGCGAAGUCUGACAAAUACCAACACAGGAGUGACGUGAAGGUGUACGACCCCUCCGGAGACUCCACCCUCCCCUCUGUUUCCAAGAAGAGGAAGUUUGAGGAGGUCGAGGAGGAAGAGGUGGCCACACCGGUGACAGUCAAAACCAAGAAACCCAAGAAAGAACCUGUGGAAGAACCAGAGGCUUCAACGGCAGCAGAAGAAACUCCCAAGAAGAAGAAAAAGAAGUCCAAGAAAGCAGAGGAGGAGGCGAUGGACGUAAAGGAAGAGGAAGAGGAGGCGACCGUCUCUCCCACAGAGGAAUCGUCAAAGAAGAAGAAGAAGAAGAAGAAAAAGGUGAAGGAGGAAGAGGGAGAUUAAUCUGGUUGGGGAGAAACUGUAGUAUAUUAGGACUUUUAGUUGUCGUUGUAUCUACCAGGACCAGACUGACUCGUGUAUCAGCCUGACUGUUUAAAGACUAGAGAACUGGAGACGGAGGUAAUUUCAGAAUGACCAGCAGCUGAUCUGUUAUGAGACUUGAUGAUGGUGUGUAAAUCCUCCUGUGGAUUUGAGUUUAAGAUGAACCUUUAGUUUACUGUAACCUCUUAUUACUAAUCAACUAAAGACCCAAUAGACUGUCUACAAUAUCAAUGUCCAUGUUAAAACACUUCAUUCCUCCACUGGUUUAACGAUGUACCUUUUUUUAAAGAUGGGUUUUUCUGCUGUCUUUGUCCAUAAGUGAUUAAAUCCAUUUUCUCAGCGGUA